GGGAUGGGAUCCCCUGUGGCUGUUUGUCCUUUUGCUUCACUCCCCAUUUGCUACCUCUUAGCACAAGGGUCCCCUGCCAGGGUUAGUGGCUGCACUUCCUGCCUGGUGAGGUCCCCCCUUAGCCCCCCAGGCUUGUCCCAGGGGGUCUCACCCAUGUGACCCUGGGAGAGUGGAGCUCCCCCUACCCCCGCCUCCCCAGAGGACCAGGGGAGCUAACAGAGUGGAAGAGUGUGAAUGAAAGUGGCACCUGUUCCUCUCCUGGUAAAAAUAGGCUGCACUGCCCCGGGAUGGGGGAUGUGCCAAGGGUGGUGACACAAAGAGCAGGACAGAGGAGGAUUGAGCCCAGAACCAGCCUGCCCCGUGGAGCAGCCAGCAGAGAUGGAGGAACAGGAAGGCGCCCCCAGGCCGACAGCAGAGGAGCCCGGGGCCACAGCUAACAAGGCUGAAGGGGUGGCUGGGACUGGAGCCAAGGAGGUGGCUCAGGGUGGGGAUGGGCUGGGGGAGAAGGGAGGAGCAGGGAAUUCUGGGAGCAAUGCUAAGGGGGACAUUGAGGCUGGGGGAGCAGGGGAUUCUGGGAGUGAUGCUAAGGGGGACGUUGAGGCUGGGAGAGCAGGGAAUUCUGGGAGUGAUGCUAAGGGAGGCAGUGAGGCCGGGGGAGCAGGGGAUUCUGGGAGUGAUGCUAAGAGGGGCGGUGAGGCAGGGGGAGCAGGGGAUUCUGGGAGUGAUGCAAAGGGAGGCAGUGAGGCCACCAGAGCAGGGGACUCUGGGAGCGAUGCUAAGGGAGGCGGUGAGGCUGAGGGAGCAGGGGAUUCUGGGAGUGAUGCUAAGGGAGUCAGUGAGGCCAGCAGAGCAGGGGAUUCUGGGAGUGAUGCUAAGGGAGGCGGUGAGGCCAGCAGAGCAGAGGAUUCUGGGAGCAAUGCUAAGAGACACGGAGAAGCCUCCCAAGGCCGAGAAGCCGCUUCAGGUGGCAGCACCAGCACUGAAGGGACAGCCCAGCAGGACAACGUGCAGAGCCCGGCACCUGAAGGAGUUGCACCCCCCAAGGAGAAGCCAAAGAGACCAGCGCUGGAUCGGAGGGAGCUGACCCGACCCCGCCUGGCACCCAGGGCCCAGUCCCGCAAGGCCCUUGUGGAGAAAUUUGGGGGGGCAGCCAGUGGCCCUGCCCCCAACAUCAAGAAGACUGGAGGUGCCAACACCAUCAAGAACAUGCUGCUGGAGUGGUGCCGUGCCAAGACACGUGGCUAUGAGCACGUGGACAUCCAGAACUUCUCCUCCAGCUGGAGCAGCGGCUUGGCCUUCUGCGCCCUCGUCCACAAGUUCUUCCCUGACGCCUUCGACUACGCAGCCCUCGACCCGGCCAACCGCAGGGAGAACUUUACCCUGGCUUUUGCCACUGCUGAGAAGCAUGCCGACUGCGCCCCACUGCUGGAGGUGGAGGACAUGGUGCGCAUGAGCGUCCCGGACUCGAAGUGCGUCUACACCUACAUCCAGGAGCUGUACCGCAGCCUGGUGGACAAGGGGCUGGUGAAGACCAAGAAGAAAUGAGGUCUGUCCUGGAGCUCUCCCCCAACGUGGCAUCUCCUCCGCUGGUAACCCUCCGCAGCCAUCUCCUGCCUGCCCCCUUCCCCGCGGCUCACGUGUGCACACGAGACCCUGGCAGAUCCAGUAAAGCAGAACUGCUCCAAGCUCAGGCAGACGCCGGGUGGUUUCUUGUGGUUAGCUCUGGUAGGUCGAGGGUUCCAUCAGUGCCGGCCACAUUCCUCAGCCAGGGCGCAACAGAUGUGGCUAUGGCUGUGGCUGCAGUCCAGACAGGAGCGACGCCCAUCAGCAGCAGGAAGUCGCCUCUGCCCCCCGCCAAUGCCAGAUGAGCACAUUUCACCAUAGGGCUGGGGCCAGCGUUCCUCGUGGAUCCAAGCUGGCAGCGGGUGCCUGGAACGCGUCCUUGGCUGGCCGCAGCAGG